CGACAAUGUCAAUAUGUUAUUUUUAUUGUAUUGCGUAGAAGAUGACAGAGUUCGUUUAACAUAUUAAUCUCUCUGAUAUUAAUUUCUGCACAAAAUGUUUUGCAAUGUCUCCGAAAUGACUGCUUCAUUCGGAGACGCUGUAAAUGAUGGCACAGCUUCUUCGAGUGUGUAAACCGGAAAUCUGUUAUGUAGUUAGAAGUUAUGGAACUCAUAGAUCUCAACCUUCAAAUCAUUAUGAAACCUUAAAUGUUUCAUCCAAUGCAUCACAGAAAGAAAUCAGACAAGCUUUCAUCAGAUUGUCAAAACAACUGCAUCCUGACACUAGUGGAAAACACAGUCAUGCUGACUUUGUAAAGUUGAACGAAGCUUAUUCGGUUUUGGGAAAAGAAAAUACCAGACGCAACUAUGAUUUAGACUUGAAAUAUACUAAAUACAAUCCAUCCUAUACAUAUAAUACACAAAACAGGCAAUAUGGGAGUCGAUGGGAAUAUGAGGUGCGUACAGCGGGAGGACCAUGGCCACCACCUAAACAAAAUCCAAAUGCAUAUUUCGGUCAGCUAAUAGCUUUUCUGAUCUUUACAUUGGGGUUGGUACACUUUAUAUUUAUGUAUCAUUCUCUAAAGAUAAGAAAGAUUUUGAUUUUGCAAAAUAGUGAAUUGGAAAAUAAAUACCAAAAGAUUAGAAGUAUCGCACAUAGUAAAUCCAAUAAUAAUCAAUAUAUCAUAGAAAAUAUUAACUCUGCAAAGGAGUUUAGCGAGUACCUGGCUAAGAGUAAUGAUUGAUUCUUGAAUCAUGAAUAUAUUAACAAAAACUGAAUUAAAAAAGUGUCAGUUAUUGUA